AUGUCGACAAAUCCUAGAAAUCCUGAGUCCAAGGGACCGGCUAUGGCCAAACCCACUCCCUUCGACGGAAACCGAAAACGAACGGAGCAGUUCCUCCACGAAAUCGACCUGAUGAUCCUCGCCAGGAAACACGACUUCCCGGACGAGUUUACAAAGAUCGCGUACGCCUUGUCCUACAUGAAAGGAGGAUCAGCAGGGAUAUGGGCGAGGAACUUCACCAAGGCCAGGAACACAAAUGACGAUUGGAACCACUACACGUGGAAACCCGCGACCGACAUGACCUCAGUCCGUCAAAAGAUCUCGACGGACUUCGAGGAAUUCGACAAGACAGCAGAUGCCAGAGACAAGCUGGCCAGGAUCAACCAAGGAAAGGAGUCUUUUAACACAUACCUCCAACUGUUCGAGCAAAUCGCCGAACUAGCAGGGGUUGAUCUCGAGACCAAGAAGACGCACUUCCUACGGGGCCUCAAAUGGGAGUUGGCCCGAGGAAUUUAUCAAGACCCAGCAGCACAGGCGACAUGGGACGAACUAGUAGCCAAGGCCAAACGACACGAGACAAUGCGCAUAGAAGAAAUGCGCGCACGAGACCUUCGGCAGGGGAAGUAUCAAGUUUUCACCCCGACCAACUACUAUUCGAACUUCGCCCCGACCCCUCGUCACGAACGAGAAUCCCAAUACGCCCCCAUGGACGUAGACGCAGCUGAAUUGGAGGUCGACGCCAUCCGCUUCAAGAAGCUUACGCCGGAAGAAAGGAACCGGCUCUACAAAGAAGGAAAGUGCUUCUAUUGCAAAAAGACCGGGCACAUGGCGCGCGGAUGUCCCUCUCGACCCAAAAGAAGAUUCCCACCUCCUUCAAGAGGAAGGUUCAUUCCUAGGUCCCGCACUAUGAGGGCCAUGGAAGCGGACGAAGAGGAGGAAGAAGAAUACCGGGACGCACGCAGAUCCAGCGUAGAUCCUGAAGAACGAAUGGGAAUCGAACGAGGCGUAAUCGCUAACUUCCAAGCCAACAAAAAGGGUUUUUAA